AUGGCCGAAUGGAGCCCUAGUUCUUGGACACAAAAACCCAUCAAGCAAGAUGUCAUCUAUGAGGAUCUUCAAGGGUUGAAAGUCUCACUGCAAAAACUACAGAAGCUUCCUCCACUUGUGACCACACAAGAAAUUAUCAAUCUCAAGAAAAACCUACGAAAUGUCGCUUUGGGCAAAGCAUUCGUUCUGCAGGGUGGUGACUGUGCGGAGCUCUUCGACUACUGCAGCCAAGAAAUGAUCGAAGCCAAGGUGAAGCUCUUGUUGCAAAUGAGUUUGGUUCUCAUCUGGGGCGCCAACAAGCCCGUCAUCCGUAUUGCUCGGAUCGCAGGCCAGUUUGCAAAGCCCCGCUCAAGUCCAACAGAGGUCAUCAAUGGAGUGGAAAUGCCUUCUUUCCGCGGUGACAACAUCAAUGGCUUUGCAGCAGACCCUACGUCCCGCCAACCAGACCCAUCACGUCUAGUCUCAGCCUACUUCCACUCCGCGGCGACUCUGAAUUACCUCCGUGCCUCGCUCUCCUCGGGCCUGGCAGACCUGCACUCCCCACUAGACUGGGGUCUGGGCCAUGUAAUCACGCCCUCAAUCAAAGAGCAAUACGCCAAAACCGUAGGCGCAGUAAAGGAUGCCCUGCGCUUCAUGCACACAGUAGGAAUCGACAAAGACCGCGGCUUCGAGACAGCCGACAUCUUCACCAGUCACGAGGGUCUCUCCCUGGAAUACGAGCAGAGCCUAACCAGACUCCUUCGCCACCCAGUGAACUCAGGCAGCAGCAGCAGCACGUCUUCCGAAACAGGCUACUACGCAACAUCCAGCCACUUCCUCUGGAUCGGUGACCGCACACGCCAACUCGGUGGUGCGCAUAUCGAGUUCUUCCGUGGCAUCGCUAACCCCGUCGGAAUCAAGAUCGGGCCCAGCAUGGCGCCGGAUGAGCUGGUGCAGCUGCUGGAUGUUGUCAACCCAGAUCGUGAAGUCGGGAAAGUGACUCUGAUCUCUCGGUACGGCGCUUCGAAAAUCGCUAAUUUCCUCCCGGGACAUAUUGCCGCCGUGCAGGCCUCUGGUCAUAUCCCUGUCUGGCAAUGUGACCCUAUGCAUGGCAAUACACAGAGCACACCAUCUGGUGUGAAGACCCGCCAUUUCACGGAUAUCUUGUCUGAGUUGAAGCAGGCGUUGGAAAUCCAUCGCGCUGCGGGGUCUUUCCUCGGUGGUAUGCAUCUUGAACUUACUGGGGAGGCUGUCACUGAGUGUGUUGGUGGUGCUGCUGGGCUGACGGAGGAUGGGCUUGGGGAGCGGUACACGACAUUCUGUGAUCCACGCUUGAACGAGAAGCAGGCUUUGGAGCUCGCUUUCUUGGUUGCUGGGUUCUACCGUGAAGAGUCGGAGGAGUGA